AUGCCUCUCGAAAAUCGACCGCGAAUUCCCCGCAUACCCCUAAGCAAGCGAAAUCGGGCUGUCGUGAGGGCUCUUAACCCAAUGCUGGUAACCUAUUUGGAAGCCAGCCGGGACCUUUGCGAGACGGACUCAGUUCUUUUUGGCGCCGCAGUGGCAGCUUGCCGUAUUAUUGGCGCCAAACUUCCCAUGGCUGGACGCGCUACUAAACAAAGUAACGCCAUCCCAGCCUGGAGAAAAAGAAUUGAGGACCGUGUCGCAAAGGCAAGGGCCCUUAUCGGCAGACUGAUAAGCUUCAGGUCGGGUAAUAAUAGACCGAGGUUGUGCGCACCGUUAGAAUGGCGUUUGCUGGGACAAAUAUCAGUUUGUCCCAGCCGGAUAUCACGCAGAAACUAA